GCGGGGCGAGCGCGUGGGGAUUGGCCGGCGCGCGGCGGUUACCCCCUGGCCGCGGCGGGCCGUGCGUCCCGGACGGCCGGAGACCCACCGAGCGCGGUGCCCAGUCCCGCCCGGCCCGACCCCGGCGCCUCGGGAAUGGCAGCAGCCAGGACCAGCCUGGGCCGGGUCCUCCCGGGAUCCUCCAUCCUGUUCCUCUGUGACAUGCAGGAGAGAUUUCGUCACAGUAUCGUCUACUUCCCACAGAUUGUCUCUGUGGCUGCUCGAAUGCUCAGGGUGGCCCGACUGCUGCAAGUCCCAGCCCUGCUGACAGAGCAGUACCCACAAGGCCUAGGCCCCACAGUCCCAGAGCUGGGGGCUGAGGGCCUUCAGCCAGUAAGCAAGACCUGCUUCAGCAUGGUGCCCACCCUGCAGCGGGAGCUGGACAGCCGGCCCCAGCUUCAGUCAGUGCUGCUCUGUGGCAUUGAGGCCCAGGUUUGCAUCUUGCACACAGCUCUGGACCUCCUGGAGCGGGGGCUGCAGGUCCACAUUGUGGUGGACGCCUGCUCCUCACGCAGUCAGGUGGACAGGCUGACAGCRCUGGCCCGAAUGAGGCAGAGUGGUGCCUUCCUCUCCACCAGCGAAGGACUCAUCAUGCAGCUUGUGAGSGAUGCUGCCCACCCCAAGUUUAGGGAGAUCCAGAAGAUCAUUAAGGAGCCCGUCCCGGACAGCGGGCUGUUGGGCCUCUUCCAAGGCCAGAACCCCCUUUUCUGAUGAAUCUCCAGCCCUAACUUGAGGGGAUACCACCCUCCUGUUACCCCAUGGAAGUGCUCUUCCCCCAUCCCUGUAUGCCAAGAGUGGUGCCGUCCACCAGAGGUACCGCCCCCUUGGGAGGGGAGGCGUGGUUAUGCCUUCCCAUUGGGCAAUUCUU